UGGCUGCCCCAAAGAAGCCCGCACCGCGCAGCUAAGAAGGGUUGGGGAACAAGCUUCUGCAGGAAAGGGGGAGGGGGGCUCUCGGAAGAGCCGUCGCCAGAACCGUAGGCAGGAGUAUCGCCCCCACCCCUCCCCCGCCAAGCUGCACAGGUUCUAGUUUCAGAUACCCCUUGACAUAACUUUUGAGCUAUCUGGAAAAAUACUGGCCAGGAAAAAUGAUAAAAUUUUUCCUCAUGGUGAAUAAACAAGGGCAGACCCGACUUUCCAAAUACUAUGAACAUGUGGAGAUUAAUAAGCGUACACUUCUGGAAACGGAAGUCAUAAGGAGCUGUCUCUCCCGAUCCAAUGAGCAAUGCUCUUUCACUGAAUUUAAGGAUUUUAAGCUGAUUUAUCGACAGUAUGCAGCUCUCUUCAUUGUGGUUGGAGUUAAUGACACUGAGAACGAGGUGGCAAUUUAUGGAUUCAUACAUAACUUUGUGGAAGUUUUAGAUGAGUACUUCAGCCGUGUGAGUGAAUUAGAUAUAAUGUUUAAUUUGAAUAAAGUACACAUUAUUUUGGAUGAGAUGGUGUUGAAUGGCUGCAUUGUGGAAACGAAUCGGGCAAGAAUUCUUGCCCCUCUACUCAUUCUUGAUAAAAUGUCAGAAAGCUGAAUAAUGGAAGUCUCUGCCAGACAACAUCAACUUGUGGAAGUGAGAAUACCAUGGAAUACCUCUUUACAUCUGUAGCCCAAAAAGUCUGCAAGACUGUACAUUGCAAAAUGGGGUACCCUUCCAAAGACAUUUUAUACAGGUGUUUUCCACAGUUCCUAAGUGGAAAACAAACUAUUUUAAAAUAUGGUGUACAAGAAAAUUUUUCUCUAAGAGACAAAUUUUAUUUUCUAACCAUAAGCAUUUUUUUCCCCACUUGUUCAACUUUUGUUGAGUUCUGAGGGUAUCCUUUUUGUUCUUUGCUUUCCUUUGUAUAUUUAAUUCAGGAUAACAGCAUGAGAAGAACAUGAGACAACUAUCAGCCAAUAA